AAGAGUCCAAAAGUGCAUAUUAAAGCAUGCAAUCCGGCUGGACUUGAGACCUGAGCUCAAACAUGCAAAUCAAAAUUCUUACCCCAUUAGACUUGAAACCUAAAAUUAAAUAUGCAAAUGAAAGAGUUCUAAAGUGUAAAUCAAACAUGUAAUCAGUUAGACUUGGGACAAGCUAAUACAUGCAAAUCAAAGGGCUUAAAAGUGCAAAUCAAAGGAUCCUAAGGUUGGAAUUGAGACCUAAGCUUAAACAUGCAAAUCAAGACAUGUAAGGUAUUGGACCUGCAACCUAAGGCGCAGGUAAAUCAAAGACCCCAAAAGGGCAUAUCAAAAAAUGUAAUCAGCUGAACAUGAAGCCAAGUUCAAACGUGCAAAGUAAAGAAUCCAAAAGUGCAAAUAAAAAAAAUGUAUUUGGACUUAGGUCAUUACCUCACAUAUGCAUAUGAAAGAGCCUAAAAGUACAAAUCAAAUCAUGUAACUGGUAGGACUUGAGACCUUAGCUCAAACAUGCAAAUCGAUGGAGCCCAAAAUUGCAAAUCAAAAACCUAAGCUUAAACAUGCAAAUCAAACUGUUCAAUUGCAAAUCAAAACAUGUAACCUAUCAGACUUGCAACCUAUGCUCAAAUUUGGAAAGCAAAGAGACCAAAAGUGUAAAUCAAAGUAUUUGACCAGAUAGACUUGAGACCAAAUCCAAACGUCCAAAUCAUAUAGCCCAAAAGUGCAAAUAAAACAAUGUAUCCAGUUGGACUUGGGACAUAAGCUCAAAUGUGCAAAUAAGAAAAGCCCCAAAUUUCAAAUCAAAACAAGUAAUCGGUUGGACACUACAACUUGCAAAUCCUAUAGCCCAUAAGUGCAAAUGAAAAGAUGCAACCGGUAGGACUCGGGACUUAAGCAUGCAAAAUCAAAGAGCUCAAAAAUGCAAAUGAAUAGUUGUCUUAAGCACUUUUGCAAAGGGAGCUUGCAAACCUGGGAGUUGCUCUUUUGUCACAGGCCCCGCCCACCACACCCGCCCCCCGACCGACCUGAUUUUCCUGUCAAUUUCUUUUGUCUUGAGUCUUUCCCCGCCCAUUGCUAUAAAAAGGGGCAUUGGUCUCAGCUUCUUCUAUACUGUCAAUUACCUAUCUUUCUUCCAACUCUUUCUAUCGUGUCUUAAGAUCAUCUCUUGUUUAAAACAAAGUGAGAGAGACUUCAAUUAAGGACAAGUUAUGGCUUUAACAAGACGCUGCAGCAUAUUUUCAUACAUUUAUUCAUUAUACAUGUACAUUGUUGAGUUGCUGAAUAAGAUACAGAUGUUGGGGAUGGAUGAUGUAACAAUAGAGCAACAUGUACAUUCCAAUGCUGAGAUUAGCACAGGAUUACAAACCCAAAUAGACAUGCAAAACAUGAAUUCUCAGAUACCAAAUCAAACACAGGGCCAUGAAACCAACACCACGAUUGCAAUAAACCAACAAGCUGAUAGAGUAGUAGGAGGAAUGAAUUCUGAAGCUAGUCAACUGCAACCAUCACAAAAUGAGACACAAGCAAAAGACCUAAAGACCGGAUUAACGGUUGCAAUCUGGGCUAGUGAGAUUGCCGCCUGCGGAGUUAUUGCAGUUUUGGCAGGAUUUCUUGGAAAUCAAACAACAGGUUCAAGCCACAAUUUUUUCUUCAAGGCAUCCUUAAUUUCAUUGUGCAUCACUUUCAUCUUUGGGAGCUGCAUACUUGUACUCAAAAGCAUAUGCCCAAACACACAAUGUUUUAUUAUUAUUAUUAAAGUUCUCAUGUACACUGCCAUAGUAUCAAUGGCAUUGGUUGUGGGUUUUGGGGUCACAUUCUGUUUCCGAAAAGUUUGAUACAAUAUCAUUGAAGUUCAUGAAAAGUUUGAUAGUUUUCAUAUUCUCUUUCAAUUACAUAUUUGUAUUUACACAUGUAUUAGCUAAGGUCCAAUUUUAAUAUUUUAUCAUUACAUGUAAUAGGUAAUGCAUGGACACUCAUAAGUUAUGAUUUCAUUGUAUUCGGUUGUAUCAUGUCCAUUUCUUCAUUAUAUUUUAAAAAAAUUAUAGUUGUAUCCACUCAC